ACAAUCAACCACCACUAGAUGGCUCCCGUGGUCCAAUUUUCUCAACGAACUUUUCGUGUCUGAAACUAUUUUACGACAGUCACGGUGGUCUUACGGCAUUCUGAGAGAGCAUUAUCCAAGAGUAAAUAAACUUCCAAGUUGUGCAAAUCGUCGUGAGAGUUAUCCUGCAUUAUUAACGCGACGGGGACAAUGUUUCACCGAGGACUAAUAGCCACUACGAUUGGUGUACGCCUUGGCUGCUCCCAUGUCUCAAGGAGGGCUCUGGCACUGACAACAACUAGUGCGAAAUCAGAUAUGAAGGAAUUCCUGGAAGUGGUUUCUAAAGCCAAGCACAUAGCGGUCAUCACCGGGGCAGGUGUGAGUGCAGAGAGUGGAGUGCCUACCUUCAAGGGAGAUGGUGGACAAUGGAAGACUUGGCAGUAUCAGGACAUCGCCACUCCGGAGGCCUUCUCCCGCAACCCCUCCCGCGUCUGGGAGUUCUACCACCACAGGAGGCACCUGGUGCUGACCCAGAAGCCCAACGCGGCCCACCUGGCCCUGGCCGAGUGCGAGAAGCGGAUGAGGAAGCAGGGUCGCUCCAUGGUCAUCAUCACCCAGAACAUCGAUGACCUUCACCGCCAGGCCGGCUCCAAACACGUCCUCAACAUCCACGGCAGCGUGAUGGAGACCCGCUGUGUGAGCUGUGGAGACAUUGCUGUGAACCAUCAACACCCUGUAUGUGCUUCCCUGGAGGGCACAGGUUCCCCUGACCCUGAGAUUCCUGAGGCCCAGAUACCUGUGGACCAACUGCCCAGGUGUGAGCAGAGUGACUGCCGGGGUCUGCUCAGACCCAACGUGGUGUUUUUCGGAGAGACUCUUGAUUCCCAUCUGCUGACCAAGGUGGAAAAGGAGCUGGACAUCUGUGACCUGUGUCUGGUGGUGGGAACGUCAUCGAUCGUGUACCCAGCGGCCAUGUUCGGCCCGCAGGUCGCGUCCAGAGGCGUCCCCGUGGCCGAGUUCAACAUGGCAACAACCCCAAAAACAGAGUACUUUACGUACCAUUUCCAGGGUCCGUGUGGAAGCACCGUCCCUCUGGCUCUGGCACGACAUUAGUCAGGAGUCAUCCGAGUGCAGAUGGGCCUGGUUUGUAGUAGACCAAAGCCAUGACGUUUGGUUUUUUCAUCAUGCACUCCAGGCCAAUGUUCUUUCAUUCCAAACUGCUUAUAGACGACCGCUUUGGGAGAGGGAACACUGCUUCAUACUGGAAUAACAAUCGACAUGGAGUCGAGUCAAGAUGGAUUUGUUAUUAGAUACUUGAAUUGAAUGGGUUUACCUAACUGGAAAUGUGUGUUUGUUUGUUUGUGUGUGUUAAUAGUUUAGGAAUAGGACUCCUGAUUGAUAUCUCUUCUGCAUGUCGUUGUUGUAUAUAUCAUGGUAAAGACUUAUGGAUAGAAAGAGAUUAAUUGCUGUAUAGAUAUGCGUACAAAAGCGCAUACACUUGCAUACACAAACGCACAUACACGUCAUUUAAUAUGGAGUAAAUCUCAUGAUACUUUCAAAUUCAAUAUUUCUCUGUCCCUUAUGAGCUGCCUGAAAUAAUCUUGUGUUUAAAAGCCUAUUGUCGUGCCUUAUUGAACUUUUAACACAGUCUUGACCAAAUACAUUCAAACAACCAAUGCGAGAGUCAUUGAGCCAAGUGAACCAAGCUGGCUGUUUACUAUGGACCGUGAAUGGUGAUGUGUAUUACUGCCAAAGUUAGUUUUCAACCUAAUAGCAGUUUAUAAGAACCUUUUUGUCAUGGGCUAUACCAUUUGUUUGACAAUUCAUUUACUGAUGUCUAAUUUUAGGGAUUGUUUAUGCUCCAUCUUACUAUUGCUGGAAGUUUUUUAUUUUUAAAUGAGGUAGCCUUCUAAAUGUAUGCAAUCUUUCACUUUUUUCUAACUUGUUUCUGACAAGUUUCUGCAAUAUUUCUGAAUGCCAUAUCAUGUAAACACAGUCAAAUUAUGGAAACACUAAACAUAUAUGAUAAACGUAAUAAA